AUGAUGAACCAAGCUGCAGUCACAACAAUCGUUUUCAUUUUGGGAUUCUUUCCAAAAGGUCUAACAGAUGUGAUUCAAACACAGCAGACUGUGAUGGUAAAAGUAGGAGAAGAUGUUGAUCUCAGCUGUCAGCUCAUGCAGACUAAAGAUGUUCUUCAGGUCACCUGGCAGAAAGAUUUACCUGAGGGGAAGAGGAAUAUCGCCAGCUACAACAAAUACUUUGGACAAACAGUGAAUGAUGGUUUUAAGGGUAAACUGGAGUUUAAACAUGCUGGACUGAAGAACUGCUCCAUAGUUAUCAGGAAGGUGACGGAGCAGGAUGAAGGCUGCUAUCUCUGUUUGUUUAACAUGUAUCCUGAUGGUUCUCUGACAGGAAGAACUUGCCUCCAUCUCUAUGAGCUGCAUGAACCCAUUCUACAAAUCAGAGAAUCAAACUCUGGUGAAGAGACAGUUGUGUCCUGCUCGGCCACAGGUCGUCCUGCUCCCACAGUAACUCUGAAUGUCCCACAACAAGACCUCUACUUCUCUAACAGCAGCACAGUCAGUGUCACCAACACCAACGCUACAGUCACUGUCACCACUACAGCUGUGCUGUCUGGUUUCCGUGGAAACGGUGCACAAGUUGGAUGUGCAGUACAACUGUUCUCAGUCCCUGAAAUUCAGGUGUUUAAGACGAUUCCUGCAGUCAAACAACCACCUGGUGAUGGUCUAACAGAUGUGAUUCAAACACAGCAGACUGUGAUGGUAAAAGUAGGAGAAGAUGUUGAUCUCAGCUGUCAGCUCAUGCAGACUAAAGAUGUUCUUCAGGUCACCUGGCAGAAAGAUUUACCUGAGGGGAAGAGGAAUAUCGCCAGCUACAACAAAUACUUUGGACAAACAGUGAAUGAUGGUUUUAAGGGUAAACUGGAGUUUAAACAUGCUGGACUGAAGAACUGCUCCAUAGUUAUCAGGAAGGUGACGGAGCAGGAUGAAGGCUGCUAUCUCUGUUUGUUUAACAUGUAUCCUGAUGGUUCUCUGACAGGAAGAACCUGCCUCCAUCUCUAUGAGCUGCAUGAACCCAUUCUACAAAUCAGAGAAUCAAACUCUGGUGAAGAGACAGUUGUGUCCUGCUCGGCCACAGGUCGUCCUGCUCCCACAGUAACUCUGAAUGUCCCACAACAAGACCUCUACUUCUCUAACAGCAGCACAGUCAGUGUCACCAACACCAACGCUACAGUCACUGUCACCACUACAGCUGUGCUGUCUGGUUUCCGUGGAAACGGUGCACAAGUUGGAUGUGCAGUACAACUGUUCUCAGUCCCUGAAAUUCAGGUGUUUAAGACGAUUCCUGCAGUCAAACAACCACCUGGUGAUGGUCUAACAGAUGUGAUUCAAACACAGCAGACUGUGAUGGUAAAAGUAGGAGAAGAUGUUGAUCUCAGCUGUCAGCUCAUGCAGACUAAAGAUGUUCUUCAGGUCACCUGGCAGAAAGAUUUACCUGAGGGGAAGAGGAAUAUCGCCAGCUACAACAAAUACUUUGGACAAACAGUGAAUGAUGGUUUUAAGGGUAAACUGGAGUUUAAACAUGCUGGACUGAAGAACUGCUCCAUAGUUAUCAGGAAGGUGACGGAGCAGGACGAAGGCUGCUAUCUCUGUUUGUUUAACAUGUAUCCUGAUGGUUCUCUGACAGGAAGAACCUGCCUCCAUCUCUAUGGUGAGGACAAGGCCUGA